AUGCAGGAGCUCCUGGCUUACCUCCAGGAUCCGGAGCUCGUAGCCCGGUUCCAGAGACGAUGCGGACUCUUCCUCGUCGGAGCCUCGCAUCCCAGCCGGAGGAGGACCGGGGGCCACACCGGAGCCUCGGUCCGUGAUGAGGGGCAACAAGAACAGUUGAGGAAGAACUGGGACCAUCAGGACUCCAAUUCAAACUACAAAUACAAGGAGAAUGGAUGUGCUGACAGCAGCAGGCCUCAGUAUGAGGUGAGGAACUGGCUGCUGCACAUCCUCUUCUUGUUCUCGGCCAGCCUGGGUCAUGAAAUCUUCUACAUCACCUUCCUGCCCUGCAUUCACUGGAACCUGGACCCUUUCCUGUGCCGACGCCUCGUCAACAUGUGGGCUUUGGUUAUGUACGUCGGCCAGGUGAUGAAGGACUUGCUGAAGCUGCCUCGUCCUGUGUCACCACCGGUGGUCAAGCUGGAGACACGUGUGGAUGCAGAGUACGGACUGCCCUCCACCCACGCCAUGGCAGCCACCUCCAUCUCAUUCACGCUGCUAUUCAGCGCCUCCUCCAGAUUACAGUUCCAGUUUGAGGUGGGUCUGAUGAUCGCUGUGACGCUGUCGUCCUUGGUAUGUCUGAGUCGCCUCUACACCGGCAUGCACUCAGUUUUGGAUGUGAUCUGUGGUAUUGUGUUGUCUGCUGCCAUCUUGUUGCUCACCUAUCCGUACUGGGAAACCUUGGACCACCUCCAGCUCCACAGCAGGAUGUCCCCCGUUGUGGUACCAACCCUGCUCCUCUUCCUCUGCUACAAGUACCCAGACCUGGACCACUACAGCACCACACGGGAGGACACCACAAUCAUUCUGGGAGCUUGUGCCGGGACCUCUGUGGGAUACUGGGUCAAUGAGCAGCUGGGGCAGACUUUUGAGCCCCAGGGGACACUACCUGUACCCCUGCCCACACUGACCGCUAACGCUCUGGCACUAGGUGUUUGCCGCUUCCUCGUGGGUGUUGUAGCUUUGGUGGGAACGCGUCAAAUUGUGAAAACACUGAGUCUGCAUGUGUUGUAUUCAUGGUACAGUGUGCCAAAAAAUGACCACAACGCCAGGAGGAGGAAAGAGAUUGAAGUGCCUUGUAAGUUUAGCACAUACACAGCUGUUGGACUUGUUCAUUCAAUAUUGACCAACAGAGUCUUCAUUCUACUGGGGCUGCUAUGACCUUGCAAUGUUUAAUGAUCUGACCAAAAAUCAACCUCUUAUUUAUUUCAAUGCGCAUCAAAUGAUCUGUUUUUUUUAAUAUCCAUGUUGUAUUUCAUGUACGAGUUCUCACCGGGAAUGAUUCACAGUACUACUUGUGACUGACCUGGAACUGAGCUGAAAGCAAAUGAAAUA